UGGUGGUUGACCGUCGCCGCCGCUGCGUCGUAGACGCCACAGCUAUCCGCGCCGACACGACACCGGCACGGCACACACGCAGUGACCGGCGUCCGAGUUCGAAGUGUACUGCUGCGCGCGGCUGCAGGUACUCGCGAUCUUGCGUCCACGGAAUUGCGGUGCGCGUUUUUUUGCACGGUCGGCGGUGGCCACUGUUACGCGCGCGCGUGGCUAGCCCGGUCGUCAAGCACCGUAAACGGUUGUUUUCGUUCAACGGCAAAAUAUCGUACACCGCGGACGCCGUACACGUACAUUUUCGUUUUUAUGUAAAGUGACGACGUUACAGAAUGGCCGACCCUGUGAUAUUGUCCAACGACGAUGCCGUAAACCUCACGCCGGCGCUCGUGGACCAGUUGACCGUAGCCAAGACGUUCGCCAUGCUCGUGCUGGGACUGGGCUCUUUUGUGCUAGGCGUCAUACCGUUGAAACUGACCAAGUGGUGGCGCAGGAAACCGGCGGCCGCCGGUUCCGCGUCCACGGGCGGCCACAGGCACGGGGGCGACACGGCCGCCGGUUCUCCCUUCGUGUCGCUGCUGCUGUGCUUCGGCGGCGGCGUACUGCUGUUCACCACGCUUCUGCACCUGCAACCCGAGGUCCGCGAGGGCGUUUUGGAGCUCCAAAAAUCCGGCCAGUUGCCUGUCGGCCAGGGCCUCGAGCACCUGGGUGACCUGAUAUUCUGCCUGGGAUUCUUUAUGGUGUUCCUCGUCGACGAGGUCGUACAUUCAGUGUUGGACAGGUGCGCGGCCAGCCACACAGACAAGAACUCCGCGGAAGAGGUGCUGCACCGGUCGAUGAGUCUGAGACGGCGGACCAUGUCCAUACCGAGGGCUUCGCUGAACGGAGGGUCACCGAGUUCGAUACCUUCGGUGACCGGCGGAAUGUCCACGGCUAGCAACAAGGAGCUACUGAAGGAGUCGACGGAAAGUCGGUACCGGCCGGCGCCGUGGGACACGACUGGGUCCGUCGGAUCGGACGAAUUCCGACCGAACGGUCACAGCAAACAGCUGUCGCUUCAACGGUUCAACGACGACAAGGAAAAACAGAUGAAGCUGGAGUCCGGAGAGUCCGACACCGAGGACGAAGAACACUCGUUCCGCGGCCUGUUCGCUGUAUUGGCACUGUCGUUCCACGAGGUGUUCGAGGGACUGGCCAUCGGGCUGGAGGAGCGUAUCGGCAACAUGUGGUACCUGUUUAUCGCCGUGGCCACGCACAAAUUGGUCAUCGCCUUUUGCAUAGGCCUGGAACUCGCCUGGUCCAAGACCCGGAGACCCGUGCUCGUCAUGUACGUGGCCACGUUCGCCAUAGUCACGCCCGUGGGUAUCAUAAUCGGCAUGCUACUCGUGCAAGCCGGCUCCGGCGGUUCCGGGGACGGUUCCCCGGGACGGGUCGCGGUCAUCCUGCAAGGACUGGCAGCCGGCACGUUGUUAUACGUGGUGUUUUUCGAAGUGCUCGCUAGGCACAAGCAGUCGGGAUUCUCGCACCUGUUGUCCAUCAUUUUGGGAUUCGGUAUCCUGUUGGUAUUACAAAUUAUGAGUGAGUACAUUAUUUUAUUAUGAUAUCAAAAUCAUUAUAAUUUUUGUUUUUAUCAUUAACAUUUGUUCCCCUUUUCACCCUGGCCACGGUCACUAGGCCGUGAACUCGGCCGGAGCCCCCAGUCGCGUUUGUGUUUAGGAGCCCCCGGGUCCCAGGAUUUAUGAAUUAUCGACAUUUUACUACCGACUGUGUUUUGUACAAAGGCACAAAGAAAUUGGUUAGACUUGAGUUGUUCGUUGCAGAGCGCAGUAAAAAAAUUGAAAUAAUCAAGUCGAAUAAUAGUGAUUUAUGUUAUUAAAAAUCGUUGCGAACGAGUAAAUAUAUGUACAAAAUACUGAAAACUGAACAUUGUUUUUGUUAAUAUAUUUCUACGUCAUAAGUAUACACUUAUAACAUAUAGUACCUAGGUGUUUACUCCGGUAUUCGCCUACUCGCGUCGCUGCGAAAUCCGUUGUUAUUUUUGAACAUGUUAUAGACUUUUGAUGCCGAUUCCCGAACCAAGUAUCGCGCUGAUUUUCGCGGUCUUUGUGUUUUUCAUCUACGGGGCCCAUUAAAACGAAAUAUGCUCCAGGGGCUUUUGGUGUGCCAGGCCGAUACUGUAACCGAACGAUUAUUGUAAUAACCGAUUAUUGUGGUAUACUUAUAUCAUGCACGAGAGUAUAGAGCUUUCUAUUCGAAACCGCGUUCUCGAUAAUGAUGACGCACAUAUUGCUUAUAUAGAUAAACUUACACAUUUCAUCUUAUCCCUUAUACGAUGACGGAGCUCAAGCUACACGAGUAUAAUGAGCAUGUUUCGUUAUAAUACUUUCUCCGGUUUGUAAAACUUAUCGCCGGCACACAAGUCCGGUGAUAAUAUCGGCGGCACCCGUUUCCAUCAAAUUGAACCUUUCCCUUUUCCACCGAACGUAUCUCUUGUCCUUUUCCCACCAAAAUGAACCAUUUCCAUUUUUCACCGAAAGAGAUAUUGACCAAUUUUCACGUAAACAAUUUCCAUACAACUAUAGAGAAAAUGAGCAAUCCAUCAGGUUAUACAGUGUCCGAUAUAAUAUACGACGUCGGUUUCAUUCGCAUGAUUUGUAAUUCGGUGACAAAGAUUAUUGAUACUGCCAUGUUUUCACCGAAAGUUUAUUAUUACGAUUAAGUUUAUCGUAUUUAGGUGUGUAUUUAUUAUUCGUUCUUGUUACAAAUAAUUUGAUUCAUGUUAUUUCUUAUUAACUGCUGCAAUGAACAAAUUUAAAAUAGGUAUUUGAUUGCGCACGUUUUUUUGAUUCUGAGUGAAGCGAAGAAGCUCAUGGUUUUACAACGGUGUUUAUUUUAUUUUUUAUUAAUUUUUUUCUGUGGACAGCCUUUUUACCCACAAUUUUGCUUCGAUUUACAACGAUAGUAUUUUUUCUGAAAAUAAAUCUGACUGGGGUGGUACUUUAAGGAGGUCAUUUCUUGAUUUUCCCAGUGAAUUGGAAAAACCGGUAAAAACCGAGAGAACGGUAAAACAGGUACAAUAUUAUACAAAGAUUACUAAAGAAAAUAUUCAAUGUAUACGUUAUUGUUUCAUCAAAAUAUGACACAUAUAUUGUUGACAAAACAACACUACCAACCGAUCGCCGUUCAGAAUCGUUUCAAAUCGUUGUGAAACAUAAAUGUUUAAAAUACGUGUCAAUAUGACCUAUGCUGAAUUUCGAAAAUUGUUUCGUGCGUCGGCGGAGUUUUUGCCGAAAUUGGCGGCACCAUCUCUUUUGGUGGUGGAAACGUGUCUUGGCGGUAAAGUGAGAUGUUUAUUUUGGUGGAAAAACGGCGACGCCCGAUAAUAUUUGUGAAUCCCUUUACGGCGUACGGUCAUAUCGGUAAAAACCAUAAAAUACCACGAUUAUUGUUUGUUUACCAUUCGAGCUAGCCACCAUGUAAACACCACUUGCAUUACAGAUACCGGUCCGUCAGCCUUGUUCCGUCCGUUCAUCCGAAGUACCUACCUGCAGGUAUACGACCGAUACCAUCGCCACCAUGGCGUCUCCCAUUGUACUCCACAGCACGAUACGUUAUUUACGCGUUGAAUAUCUAUUCCAAAUUUUUAUUUUCAUCACUAUAUUUUGUUUUUGUUAUUAUUCCCUCCGCGAGAGAACAAAACAUUUUCUCGAUUAAGUGUCGAUCGUUUCCUCAAUCGAACUACGUACACGAUUGUCACGCGUAGAGCUGCGCUAACACGUGCGUUUGUCAAUAAAUCAUUGUUACGUGAUUAAAAUAUUUUUUUCCGCUCGACCGAUCGUAUCAGAUGUCUUGCACGAUAAAAUAAUAAUACCAUUAUUGUCUAUAUUUUUCCCUAAACGAAUAAUAAUUGUACGUUGAUUUUCGAGAUACUUGCUAAAAUAUAUACGCAUUUCGAUUUAAUCAAUCUGUGAUAGGACGAGUUUUAUGAUAUUUAUAAACGAUUUACGAAUAAUGCGAUAUUUGUUUUUACGGAUUUGUGACCGGACAUUAUUUUAGACUGUCAUUUCCACACAUGAAAUAAUAACGAAACGGUUUUCGUUACCAGACCGAAAUUAUAACAAAAUCCACCACGAAAUAACAGCGUUAAAACUAAUUUUGUUUUUAAUUUGACGUAACGACAGUGUGUUAUGUUUUUAUUUGUCUGUUAACGUUUCUAUUAAUUUUAUUAAACGUUUAUAUUGGAUUUGGAUGGCGAAACAAAAAUUGUAUUACGUAUACACAAAAAAUACUGCUAUUAAAAAUAAAAACUAACAUAGUCAUAGCUUUUUGUGUCGUUUUUUUUUUUUUUUGUUUUUUUUUAGACAUAUGCUAUACGAACAGCCCCUGGAAAUAAUCGCUUAUUUAAAUUUUGAUAUUUUGCGUCAGUUGGAUUGAGAUAGUAAAUGCGCGUGUGGCGUUUUUUUAAUAACAAUUCCGACGUAUAUUAUCGUUUUGAGUAGGUUUUUCAAAAACAAAUUGUAUCGAAAUGUAAAUAAUUGUAAUUGUUAAAACCAAACAUAGGGAACAUAAUAAUAAUUAGGUAAGGUUUAGUUUGUCUGAGAGAGAAAAACAUUCUUUAAUUUAUCAUUCGUAUCACUAAUUAAUAUAGAUGCGGGAUUUAAUUGAAUAUUAUACAAUGUAUGGAAAACUCGUAAAUAAUAAUAAUUAACGAAUACACAAUUAUUAUAAUUUUAUUGUAAAAUGCAAUGUUGUUUAACACAAUAAUUACGAUACGCCUAUCAUUUUUUUCGUCCGUUAUUACUCAAAAUAACUGCCGGCACCAACACUAUUAUUUGAUUGAGUUAGAUUAUAUUAUCUAAUUAGGUUAUUAAUAAUUCGAUUUUAGGUAAUUAUAUUCCUACUCAUAUGCAGUUUAAAUUGUCAUAAUGGACCGUUUCAAUAAACGUAUUAUAAUUAGGCAUACGAGCAUAAUUUACGAAAAUUAAAUCACGGAACAUUCGAGAACGUCAUUAGGAAUUGUAUGUUUGUAUUAAUUUAUUUUAUCAACAGACAGCAAAAAAAAAAAAAAUCGGUUCAUAUUAAAAUCUUUUCUUUACAGAUUUAUAAUAUAUAUACAUAAAUACAUAAAUUAGUGUUUCCCACGAAUUAAGAUAUACAGGACACCGAACGGAAAGGUUUUAUCAGUGUUGUUCUGCAUCCGCCCGGUUAACAUUGUUAGCGCUGUAAGGCAAAAUUGGUAUAAAAAUCAACUAAAACCAGUUUAAAGUUUAGACUGGAGGAGUAGGGUUUUGUAAUAAAUUGCUGCAUAUAUAUUUCUAUAAUAUUAAUGUUGACGUAGCUUGUAAAGAGUAUACUAGAUGGUGUUAAUGGCCUUGCGAAGUGUGAGAAGGUUCGAGCUUCACUUAUCAUACGUUCGUUUGGUAUUCUGCAUAUUUUAAUUCGUGGCCUUUCCUAUAUGACCGGUGAAAUAUAUUAUGGACAAUUUGUAUGAAAAUAUUAAUUUUAUUGGUUUCAAAACGUUAAUUCGGAGGGCAAUGAUCGCCAGAAGAAAAUAAUAAUAUAUUAUAAAAUGAUAAACUUUAGAAUUUGAUGUAUAUUUUGUCAUAUUUUGUGACAUUUUUAUUGUUAGAAACUUUUGUAUUUUUUUUUUAAAUAGUUUUAUUUAGUUCACUCGUUCAAAUAUAUAAUUAUUUUUUUUUAUUGAAAUCAAUAGUUAAACUGUGUGUAUAUAAUACCUAUUGUAAAGAUAUACAUAUUUACAGUGACGUAUUCAAGAUUUUGUCAAGAAAAGAUACAUUGAAUUUGGAGUUUAUAAGAAAUUUAUAAUUCAAUGUACUCUAAAAUCACCACCGAAAUCGAUUAAAUAGGUAUUAGUAAUUGUGAAUAGUGUAUCCGCUAUUUAAGAAAUAAUCUAAUCUGCAUAUUAUGGUAGCGGAUUGGUUUGGUUUUAUGUUUUUCGAUAAUUAUAUUAACGACGUAUAGAUACCAACAUGUUUUCGAUUUUUCUGAUUAAAAUCAGAGAAGUUUGUGUUUUAAAAAUAAUAGGUGUAUUAUUACCAAUGUAGAAAGAGAAUUAAAAAAUGUCAAGGGAGAUAUUUAUGUUCCUAAUAUCCGCACUUAAAUACGCCACUGACAGGUUAUACAAUAUUAUAAUUGGUAAUUUCCCGAGCUCAAUCCUUUCAAAAACAGAAAUCAAUAAAAGAAAUUCAAUUUACGUUUCUACCCUAUCCUUUUUACAGUUAAUCGUUGUUGCUCGGUAAUUUAUCUUUUAAAAAGAGUUCUGCCUUGUCAGUAUCGACCAAAUUAAAUAAUACUAAUAACGUGAGGCGUACAAAAUCCCGGCACUGAAAUUCCGACUAAUUAAAAAUUCUGACAGUUAAAAUCCCGAGAGAUGAUAUCACUGAAUUCAGUUUCUACUUUAGAGUAGGUACUCGAUCACAUUAUAUUCUGAUCACUUUUGAAAAUAUUUUAUAUGAAAACACGGGGCCUCGAAAAAAUGUUGGCGACAUUGUUUUGGUGGAUUUAAGCCUAUCGUCAGAAAUUUAAUUGUCGAGACUUCGAAUCUGUCGGAACUUUGAUCUUGUCGGGAUUUUGAUCAGGACUCAAUUAAAAGUGUUUGUUUUCAUCCGUAGCAUCAAGGUAAUCCAUAAAUGAACAAAAUAAAUUCAAUUACCUAUCCACAAAUACCAAAAACGCUGUGUCUGUUACCCUUUAGAGGUUGCACUUCGAGAUGUAAAUUAGACAACAACCGUCCUUUUGUUUGGCAAUGCAAAGCGUGCUAUACGUCCACUUUAUUAUCACAGUGAAAAACACUGCAAUCACUUUGUGUUUGGAAGUUUAUGCGCUAAGCAGAGUUAUUCGGCAAAUCUAUCAUGGUGAAUAACCUAAGGUGUAUUACCGGCAUGUGACGAAAUACGACGGGAAAGGCGAUGGACGCCGUAUUGUCGAAAGAUCGAACGAAGACGUUAAAAAAAAAAUCCAUUAUUCUCGCGUUAUUAUUACUCUUCCCGUUUUCAAUAAUAAACAAUAAUAUUAUUACGAAUCAAGGUCACGGUGGUCACGUUUGUUUGCACACUUCACCGGUGGUCGUGUAGUGAUAGUAAUACCAACACCUAGACGAUGAGCCGAAACAAAGAACUAUAUUAUAAUAUAAAACCAUAUGACAUAAUAUAUGGUGAACUCGGAAAAUAUCAAGUGUCGAGGAAAAAUAAAUUUGUCACUAUUAUAAUGUGGAACACACACUUCGAAUGUUGACCAAGAUCGCGACGAAGUAUAUAAUAAUAAUAAUAAUAUGUUUAUACGAGGAAAUUGAUCUUCAUGAUGACGCGCGUAUAAGUUUUUCACAUUUUCUGUUUUUUUAUCGAUUUGGUUUGAACUUUCCAUUUUGUAUACCGUACACACUUGUGUAAACGGUUUUUUUUUUCGUGUGUAUUUUUAACGAGAAAACAAACUCUCGAAGGAAGCUCGUUCAGCUCGUAUCGGGGGAUAAAAUGGCGUUCUGCAAUCGCUCACAGAGAAGCUAUACGUAUAUAAAGAAAAAAAAAAAACCAAGCAAAAAGUAUAUUUUCUAAUAUGAAUAUGAGUAUUAGGUACUUGUAUAUUAAUUCGGAAAUUGUAAGAGUAUUGCAUACAUGAUAUAAUAUAUAUAUAUAUUCAAAUCAAUUCAGACACGUUUUAUUUUGGAAUAAAAUCGAUAACUUAGUAGUUAAGAAUACCUAUCUAUACAUUGCACCUAUUGGGAUAUUGCUAUCUAUACAAAUCUGAUUAGGUUAACAAAUUUUGUUGAAUUAGCUGCGUUGAAAGUUAUCAAAAAAAGCAACUUGUAACUUAAAUUUCAAAUUUUUUUUUUUUUUAAUUAGGUACCAGCUCGUUAAACUGUUCAGAUUUGUAAAAUAUAUUCUCAUAGCAAUUUACAACGGACACGCAUAAACUGUGAGAAUGACAAUGAUUGAUAAUCGAUGAUAAUAUACAAUCGGUGUUCCGUGAAAACUAUUAAAAACUAUAAAAUAUUUAACAUUUUUUCUUCUAAUUUCUAUUAUUUCCGAUUUUACGCAAAAAUGCAGUAAACACGACUGUAUAUUAUUGACGAAGACGGUACAUCGAUGGUUGAACAAUAACAUUUGUGUAUGGAUUUCGAUUAAAUUCCCUAAGUCGUGUAAAAACGUUCCUAUAACAAAUAUAGUACGAACAUUGACGACUUUUAAACGUUUGUUUUUCGAGUUUUUCCGUUUGAAAAUUGCGAAAGCCGAAGAAUCCAAAGAAAAAUUCCGCUUAAAAAAUGACGUGAAAAAGCCAACGUUGCCUGCAUAGAACUGUGUACAUAUACUCGUCAGAACGGCUUCUGGCGUAUAGGUAUUUUACGCGUAUGAUAUUAUUGCGCACAAAUAACGAUACUUGUAUGUGCAGUACGAGUAAUAAUAUCAGUGUUUAUUAAAAAAAAAAAAAAAAAAAAUUAAACAAAAUCCAUUUUGUCAAAAAUUAACACUUAUCGUACGUCAUAUUUAAAUGUUUUAUACAGCAAAUUCGAUGACACAUUAUAUAUGACGAUAUUUUUUUGUUCAAACAGCCGAGUGCAAUAAUCAUAAUAUAUUUCUCAUAUUGUACUAUUAUAAUAUUAUUUAUAUAUAUAUAUAUUAUUAGAAACGUGACCGCGGGCCUGUAAACGAUAUUAUAUCGCCGUAGCUUUUUAUUGGCAAAUUCGUUAUCAAUGACGUGCAUAUAUUCAUAAAAUUUACCAUAAUUUUUAGUUGAUAAGAAAAUUCCAAACAUUAUACGGGUAGUUUUUCAUCAAAUUUACGACGAUAGCAGCUAUAUUCUAGUAUAUUCUUAUAGCCUAGAUUAGGUGUAAUAAUGGACGUUGAAAAAAUUGCCAGGUAAAAAUGUUAUUUAAAUGUCCAAUUCGCUAUUGCUGUAUUUCUUGCCACAGCUUUUGCAGGACAUUUCGGUACGUGUAUAAUGUACAUACUCAUACUGUAUACAGUUGUUUACAUAAUGUACAUACGUAUUCGUAUUUUAUUCGAAUAUAAAAAAUUUAAUGAAGGAAUACAAAGAAAAAAAAAAUUAUACAAAUUAGUCGUUUUACAUAGAGUAUACAAAUAAUUAAUUUUAAUUGGGGAGAUUAUUUAAAAUUAAUUAUUAUUAGAUAUAGAUAUGUUAAUAAAUAUACAUAAUUUGGUUAUUGUUUAUUAUCUAUAAUGAUUAUUAGAUAUUAUUUUUUUAAUACUUUAAUACUUUUAAUACUUUUUACUUUAAAAUUUAAUAUUUCUAAGCCUGUAUUAUUAUCAAAACUUAUAUUAUGGUUAUUUUCUAAAACAUGUUUAGCGAAAUUCGAAUUAGGGACAGUCUUUUUAAAUUUUAUUUCAGAAAUGUGUUCUUUAUAUCUUAUUUUAAAAUUUCUAUUUGUCUUACCUGUAUAAAAUUUAUUACAAUUGCAUUCAAAUUUAUAUAUACCAGCAUUUUCAAAAGAAGAGGGACUUUUUGUGAAAUUUUUAGUUUUAUUGUUUAUGCGUUCGAUUAAACUAUUAUUAGUCUUAAUAGCGAUUUUCACAUUGAUUGUGUUAUCGUUCAUAAUGUUCGCGAAUUCAUUAGACAUAUUAUCUUUAUUUUGACAAAUCGAUAACCGUUUAUUUUUCCUUAUAAGUAAACCAUGUUAUUCGACUGGUAAAUGUGAUUGAAAAAUCAUUUUUGUGUAACAUUAUUGUACGUACCGAACUAUGACAAUAUAUAUAUAAAUUUUGUGUUUUGUUAUAUUUUCCGUCUGUACGGUUCACGCGGUCUUUUAUAUUCUCGAUUCGUUGAUUUUGAAUACCUAGGUAUAGGUGUAGUUAAUAACCGCGGCGGAAUUUAUAGUUAUAAUUAUUUUAUUUUUAUAUUUUAAAAAAUAUAAAAAAAAAAAAAUGUAUUUUUACCGUUGAGGACAAUCGGUCUUUAUUAUCCGACAAAAAAAAUGUUAUUAAAAAAUUACUUUAAUUUCUUAAAGGAAUUCGAUUGAGUGUGUUAAAAUAUUGUCGAAGCUUUUGGAAAUGAAUAGUGAUUAACACAGUGGGUACGUAAUUUAUAAUUAUUAUUUGUAAUUUAACCCAAUUCAUAAAAAUAAAUAAUUGUUUCCCAUCUCGUUUUUAUCUUAUACGUAUUAUAAUAUUGUUAUAAAAAUCACUGCAGGCGUAUCGAUUUGUUAUUUUUACAGUAAACUGCAGCAUCAUAUAAUUAUAAAAUAAAAUAACAAUUAGAUUUUUUAAUGCUUAUUUAAUUAUUAGGUGUUCGUUACAAAUACAUAAAACUAAACACAAAAGGUCGGGAACGGGUUUCUUGAAAUCGUAUAUUAUGUGAACAAUUCAUAAAGAAUAUAAUAGGUACUUGGGCAUAUGUAUAUAUUUUCGAAAUUCAGAUUAUUGUUACGAACUAUUUUAAACGUCUUAAUUUUUCGAUUUAGAUUUAAAUUAAUUUGAUGUACCUAUUGUAUUAAAAAAAAAAAAAGAAAAAAACCACGUUAUUUUCCCAAACGCACAUAAUAAUGUAUACGUAUAUUUGUAUUUACUUAACAAUAUUGUAUAGGGUUAUUGACCAUGCAGUCGUAUAAAAAAUUCAACGUACGUACGUGGUUAGAUAAAAAUACAUAUAUAUAUAUAUAUAUAUUUUCUGUAUACACCACAUGUGUAGAAUUCAUAAAUUAAAAAUAAAAGUAUUAUACUCUAAAUGUCUACACAUUACAAAUAUUAGUAUGAUACCUACUUGUAUCAAGUUACGCGUGCAUUUAAUUAUAUUUCAACGGUGCGGUUGUAUUAAUAUAUUUCAGUUGUAACAUGAAUUGAACUCAAACAAUAUAUUAUAAACAUAUUAUGCAGCGCGAAUGUUUGCGUUUAGAGUUCUCAAUAUAAUAUUGCGAGUUCGUUAUCAGUAUACCAAUGCAGUUUAUUGGAAUCUGUGACACAAUCCUAUUCGGGAAUAUUAUUUACGCACGGUUCGUAAACUAUUGUAUUCGUUGGAUAUUUCAUAUUAAGUACCUGUAUUAAAAUCGAUUCAGUAUACUAGGCAACUGCAGUAUAAAUUAUAUAUUAUAUUACUUUCUACUUAUUGCCGCUAUUGAUAUUUUGAAGAUUUAUUCAUUACUUGUCAUUAAUGUAUAUGUAUACUCGUAUUGGAAGCACUGAUAAAAAAAAAAAAAAAAAAAAUUGUCCCACACACGUCUUUUUUUUUAAGAUCUGUUGAGGUAGGCUCUGAAGCAGCGCUUUUGUUGUUGGUGAUGAAGAGAACUAUUUGUUAGUUUAAACAUGCAUAUAUUGAACAGGUUGGUAAUUGGCUAGUUAAUUUGGCUUACUCAAAUCUUGUCUACUUGUGCUCGGAGUAAGUCAUCAGUAAGUCAGAGCUUAAAUUUUUAAAUAUGUGACUGGUAUAAGAUAUAAAUCUUCAUAAAAAUUGGUAGUUAAUCAUUAAUUAUGAUUAUUAAAUAAUACAUAAUUGUUUUCCUUAACAGUAUAAUAUACGCGGUGUUCAUAUCUUAGUAACUUUUUACUUGUUAGGUGUUAGGGUUUAAUUUAAUUGAAAUAAUUUGUACCUAAUUAAAGUAUUUAAAAAAAAUAAUAUUAAAAAUUGUCGCCAUAAAAUGAAUCGUAUAGCACGUAUUAUACUGUAGGAGUGUUGUUUAAUGAAAUUUCAAAGUAUAAUUUAUACCUAUCUAAAUGUUAUCUACGUAUAUUAUUUUUUUAUACUUUUUAUAAUAUUACAUCAUAAAAUGUGUUUAUAAGUUUCUACAGUAAUUUAUCUUUUUUUUUUUUUUUUAAGUCAUAAUUUCAAAUAUUGGGUACCUAUUGAUUACAGACAGCAAACUAUUGUAAAAUUCAAAAUCGCAUAAUAAUCUAUCGGUAUAAUAUUUUCAUAUUUCUAAACCGCCCAAGCGGAUAGUGUUGCUUUGUCAACAAUACAAUAUAUGGUAUAUAUGUUAUUAUGGUAAAAUUAUUACAACUUUAUGUUUCCAUAUGACUGUUUAAAAAUGAUUAAAAUAAUAAAAACCUAAUAAUAACAAAAAAUAAAUAAAAACGAUUGCCAAUGACAACCUUAUUUUUAAUCUUUUUUAACCUAAAGACUGAGGAUUUCCUCUUUAUUUCGAAUAUGAAUGAGAAUUUCAAAAACGACCUCUCUAAAGUACCACCCAAAAAACAUUUUCUUUUAGGAAAGUGCUACUUAAUAAUACUUAAUAAUCGGAGUAUGCUUACUGGUAGAAAAGUGUUCACAUAAAACAAAAAUAAAAUAAAUACCAUUGUAAAACCAAUACAUUUCUCGCUGCACUCAGAAUCUAAAAUACAACACAUACCACCACUUUUUGACCACUAAGUAAAACUUAUACCGAACUUCUAGUUAAAUUUACAAGCCUUUUUGUUCGGUCAAAUUAUUUUAUUCACAGAUAUUAAAUAAAAACCACGUACAAAUCUCUUAAACUUAAAAAUUUUAAAAAUUUUACUACGCCUAGAAAAAGGAAAUAUAUGUUUUCUGUCAAAAUAUCAAGUCUCUAGAAAUAAUUUUAAUUGAAUCACAACAAAAAAAUAAAAUUAAAAAUAAUAAGGCCAUUAUUUUCCCGUUCUUUCUACGUUUUUUUUUUUUGGUUUUGCUCAAUUAUUAGAAAAAAGGACAUGGAAAAUUCAAAAUCAUUUUUUUUUACUCACCAACAAGAUUAAAAACACAACAAAAAAGGUCUCUUGUUGUUUUCUAUUGAGCAAUAUUUCUAGUAGAAAACAUCGUGCGUAAAAAUUUAAAAAUAAUGAAAUUGUACGUCGUAAAUUUGAUAGUUUUCAUUUUUCGAUAUUUUUUGUUUCGGUUUUUGCAAUUAUUACGAAAAUUACUUGGAAAAUCAAAAACGAUUUUUUUCAUGAGCCUCUAUAGAUCCAAAAAGGUCUAGACACAUUUUUUGAUUAAAGCAAUAUUGCUAGUUGAAAACAUAAUUUGCAAAAAUUAAAAAAAAUGAAAUUGUUAACAUCGCUCUGCGCCGCAUCGCCCGUAAAUAUUUGCCAUUUUACCUACAAUCUUGUUCCCGUGUUUUUCCAAUUUCUUUUUAAAAACCUCUUUGGAAAAUCAAAAAAUUACCCGUUUAAUGUAUCAACUAGAUAAUAUUUCUUUUCGGUAAAAGUUCUUUACUCGAUACAUCGAAGCAAGUUAACUUUACGAGAAGUUGAACACAAACAGAAAAAUAAAAAAAUAAAAAACACACAUCAUAUGAGGUGUGGCUAUUAAAUAACGAGACUGGCUACGAAAAAGUGUUUUAUUAUAAAAGUUAUUCUACAUUCAAAUGCUCCCCUUUAACAUACUCCCCUCCCCUCGCCACACACCGUUUCAUUCGUUUCUUCCAUUGCUCGAGGCAGUGCUGGAAGUAUGUUUUCGUAAGACCAUUCAGGAGUUCCGCCGAUUUUUGUUUCACCUCUUCCAUCGACUCAAACCGGAUUCCUUUUAAGGCAGACUUUAUCUUCGAAAACAAGUAAAAGUCGCAGGGUGCCAAGUCGGGUGAGUAAGACGCGUGUUCGAGUACUGGAGUGCCUUAAGCGGUCAAAUAACGCUUCACAGACAGCGCGUUAUGGGCAGGUGCCCAUAUCCAUAUUCCAAUAUCGACCGUUUCUUACGAACUCAUUCGUGCAAUGUUGCCAAAACUGUCAAAUAGUAAUGUUGGUUCACAGUUUGACCCUCUGGAACCCAUUCAGUCAUCACAAUGCCGUUGAUAUCGAAGAAAACGAUCAGCAUGGUUUUGAAUUUGGAUUACGACCGAAUUGGAUUCCGGUGCACUCUCGACCUUCAGAAAAUAAUUUAUGCCACUCAAAAACGCGCCCGAGAUAGGAAAUCCUCACUAUAGGUCUCUUUUAACAACUUAUAGCACUCAGUUGGAGUUUUUUUUUAGUUUAACGAGAAAAUUUUACGUUUAUCCGUUGCUCAUGUUUUUCGACACACAUGGUUUUCGGCCGGAGAAAAAAACACGUUCGUUUCAAACCACUACUGCACAAAUACUAUAAUAGUGACGAAAACGUGUUUUGGUACGUGCAUAGAUAAGAUAUCUAGAUACCCAACGCAUUACUCGUUGUUUUCACUACCCAUCUAAGGCGCCCUCUAGGUGAGCAGUCUCGUUGUUUAAUAGCCACACCUCGUAAUAAAACCAAUAAAUACGCUUCGAAUCUAAAAAAAAAAAACGAAUAACAAUAUAAAUAAUAUUUAUAACGCACACGUCCUAUGUUUCUAACAGCAUCGGUUUAGACGUAUAUUCGUAGCAGUUGGUUUUCAAAAUAUGUUGUCCAAUCGUUAUCGAAGAAGUUAUCCAACACAAUCAAAUUAUUGUUAUAUAGGUAGUAUUUUGUAUACUUUACAUAAAUACUGCGGUCAAAAUAAUAUCUGCAGUAACGCAUUUUCAAACACAAUAAUUGCAUUACGUAUAUCUCUAUUAUUGCCGGUCUAUUUUUUUUUCUUUUUGCAAAGUGUAUUCACUCAUUCAUAAUAUAUUAUUAGAAAUGUAUUAUAUUAAUUAUUACGCAAUAUUGUACAUAAAUAAGUGUUGUAUUGUUUGUUCGAACGAAUAAAUAUUAUUCCAAAUGUAUACCGUUCAAAAGAUACAAUAACUUAAAAUUUGUUUAUCAGUUAUUAUCUUUUCCGUUGAAGACAAUCAAGAACUGUACACAAAUGGAACGGGAAAUAGAGAUUUUAAAACCUCUCUCCCUCUCCCGAAAUUUGAUUACAUCUAACCUUUGUAGUUUACGUAUGUGUAUAGUUCGCUGAAAAAAAAAUAUCUUAGUGCUUACGAACACAGAUAUUGUGUAAUGGUAUCUGUUAAAUUUUAUCUGAGCAAGUUAAAAUGUUGAAUCCAAUUUAUUUACUUUCAACGUGAUGUAUAAUUCGAUGUAGUGCUUCAGUUUAAAACUGUAUUUUAAAAAUUGUAAAAGUAUAUUGUUCAAACUAUGUAUUCGAUCACUUGAUACCUACUUGAUACUUAAAUAGGUACUUUUGAAAAAAAAAUAGCAUUUAAAAUAAAAAAUCGAGUAUAAUUUUCGUAAAUGUACGUAUUUAAAAUAGGUGUUCGAAUACCUAUUAAAAAAUUCAUUCGAAUAUGAACUGUAUUUAAAUUUUUUACUCAAUUACUUUACUAGCCUGUUAAUGAUGACCGUGAUAAUAAUAUUUACACGUUUACACCGCACACGUUCCUUUUCAACCGACCUUCCGGUCACCAGACCAUUCCGCGGUUGGUAGGAGUAUAUAAUAUUACAUACAGGUAAACUAUUUAUUAAUAUUGUACUGGCAUAAAAUGCACGGUACAUUACACCGGGGUAUAGGUACGUAUACAAACAUUAUAUUAUUAUAGUUCGUUAGGCACGUGUUCGAAACGUAUUUUUGCUUUCCGUUCGCUGACCACAAUAAAAUAAUAUUUUACUGUCGCAAUACCCGCAAGUGUAAACGAAUAACAGCUCCGUCAUCGAUGCAUGCAAUGUCCAAUGGACCGUCCGAAAUAGGAUUGUUUAUUUUCGAAAAUAACUCAUAAAAAAUUAUCGCGAUUCGUCUGUGCCGUAAUCUGUCGUCAUUCGGUUAACGCAGUGGCGAAUAUUUAACACCGGGCCGGGCCUAAGUGUAUGGUGUAGCCUAUGGCGCCGUUUUUAGAUGGGCAGGUACAUUUGCAUUAAAUUACUUUUGGUUUUAUUCUUAUUCUUAGUUAUUUGAUAAAAAUAAUAUUUAGUGGCUGGUACACGGAGAAAACGAGAAAGGUUAGACCAACAAUACAAUGGAAAAUCGAGAAAAAACAGAGAGAGGUCGAAAAAACGGUAGACGAGCGGAUUAAAACAAGCUCUAGAGAGAUCGGAAAUGACAGAAUGUAAGGAAAACAAACCACAAAAGUGGCGGCUAAAAUAACUCUUGGAAAGUUGUGACUUUUUGAAGCCACACGAUGAUGAUGAGAAAUAAUAUUAAACAAUGUAAAACUGCAUUUAAAAUGGUAUCUAUAGGCUUUUUUGGGGGGAGGAAGGACCUUAACUGUUCGGGAAUAAAAGAAACGCUAAACAAAAUAAUCUAGGGGUGGUAAAAAAUUAUGUACGCCACUGGCCACUAGGUAAACGGUUUUCGUGGUAUACCGGUAUCUAUUACGAACAUGUAAUUGGAAGAUCGCCGCAAAAAUAUAACACUAUUAAAGUCGCUCGACUGUUAUUUUCAUUUCUAUUAUAAUGGGUUCUUAAAAAAAAAAAAAAAAUACAUAUAAUAUCAUCAAUGUCGUGAUAUAUUCGAAAUUAUAAUUUUUUAAAGGUCUCAUGCAGAACGGAAAAGAAAUGAGAAGGAUGUAGUGUAUCUAAGGUAGGGGAGGAGAGGAAGUUAAGAGACUAGCUCACCCCUAAUGGCAAAAUACCAAACAUAAUACGAACUUUGGAUGGUUAAAAAAAUUCGGCAUUGAAAACUUAUAUUACUAAUAAAAUAAUAAUUUUUGCUCAUUUGCAUUACUAUAUAACUCAACUAAGUACAUAAACAAUUGUAUUUAUAGGUACCACGCAGUAGUACUUUGCAAAUUAACCUCGAGAAAAGGCUUCAAAAUAGAUUUGUACAUAUUUUGCUUAUAUUAUUAUAAAUUAUAAUGUAUUAUUAUCGUUCACUAUGUUUAGACCUCCUCCUCAUGUUGGCCUUCACUGAUAAAUCCUGGGUAUACCACUCUUAGAAGGACCCAAUUUUCUGCAGCAUUUCGUGCGUGUUGCAAUACCUCGUGCGCAGUUUAUUAUCUUAAAGAUUUGAUUGUACCGACCUACAACAAAAUACUAAACCGUAUUCCGAGUUACGCAACUAUGAUAUAAAACGAAGAGGAGAACAAUGUUGCGUUUGAUUGAUGUUAAUGCAUUUUUAUUUUUCAUUUCCUAAUUACUCACGGUACAAAAAUGUACGUGCAGGGUACCUGCUUUAGCUAUAGUAUGCAAUAAAAUAUCUUCGUCAGGUUUUAAUAUUUUAAAGGUGCAUAUAAAUAAAAACAUGGCCUGUAUCUUAACAGUAGUCCUGCAUAUUUAGGAGUAGAACAUCGAUUUUUAUUAUUAUUCUAAAAAAUAAGAAUUUUAUUACCUGCGUUCAUAAAAAUAAUAGUACUUUUACGUAUCAAUAAAAUAUAGAAUAUAGGUCAAUGGUGAAUAUUUAGUUAACAUAUUUCCAGUGGCGUAGCCAGAAACAAAUUUGGGAUUGAGGAUAGUGCAUUAUGGUAUACAUUUAAUAACUGAGCAAUUUUUUUUUUUUGUUAAUUAUCUUAUAUACUGACAAUAUUGUUAAUAUUUAUAUUUUUGUUUAUGCGGAGUAAAUUUUCAAGAUAACUAUGGACUUUAAAACUCAGCAAUUCAAUAAUUCAUUAAAAUUAAUAACUCACUGUUUAACAUAAUUAAUAGCUCGCGCCGAGAAAAAAUAAAAAAUGAUAAAUAAUAAUAGCAAACGUAUAAUAUGGUAUAUUUGAUAAGCGUUGAAUGCCUAAUUAAUCUGGCGUCACUUAACCUGUGUCCCACAUCGCAGUGACGGUUGUCGAUCAUCAUAGUAGAUCGCCGACCGUGUAUACCAACCUACCUACCUGUACCUAAAUUUAAGUUGAAACUAUAUAAUAUAAUAUCAUGGCGUAUUAUUUCGAAAUCAUCAAAAUCUAUGUAAUACUAAUUAUUUACUCGUGCGUUAUGUUCAUGACAUGGUGAUUAGUUUACAUUUGUAAAGUUUAAAAAAAAAAAAAAAAAAAAAAAAAACCCAUUAUUUAUUAGUUCUUACCGACGAGUGACGACGACGUAAUUGUAGGUGAAUGCACUAAACGAACCGCUCUGUAUGUGUUUGUUUAUAUUCGUCUAAAUCGGAUCAAUUAAACGAAAAACCGUAAAACAAAGGUAAUAAUUAUUAUUAAUUAUGUCAUUGUUAAUAAUACGUUUGGCAAAGAUCGGACUAAUUCGUGCACAGCUACAGUGUACAGCUACCAUGUACAGUUAAUUCGCUACUGCAAUUUACUGAUGCUGAUUCGCUGAUACAAUUUAGAUAACUAAUAUAAGUAUAACGAGAAUAAUGCGCAGCUACUACCGAAUAUAAUUAAUACCUUGUCAAUAAUAUACUUAUUAUUUUUACGUUAUGAAACAUUGCAUUAAACGCCGUUAUCAUAUUAUUACAUACGUUUCAUAUUAACGGACGGUACAUUUAGUGUUCGCGCGUCGAAAUAAACAAAUGAAUAAGAACGUACAAAACCGCAGGUCAAACCGAACUACAGAGACGCGAAACGGUUAGUAAUAUCUUGUUGAUGGAGUUUGUUUAGAUUCUGUUAUUAGUUUUUUCCCUGGAAAAAUAAAAAAUGUAUGCCUUUUAAACGUUCCACCUACAACAGUGAUCAAACAAUGGUGCAACACAUAUAAUGUUUGAAGCCUUCACGGAGUUCAUGAUCGGGGGGGGGGUCCGAUUGUUUUUUUUUUUUAACCAACUAAUAAAAAUAUUGUCUUUUAAAUAAAAUAAUGUUACUAUUAUAAUCAUAUAUAUAUAUAUAUAUAUAUAUAUAUAUAUAUAUAUAUUGUUUAUAGUAUUGACAAAUUUAAAAGGAAAAAUACUGCUGAUAGGUGUGCCACAAUUUUACAGGAUAUUAAAUGUAUAGUACCUAAUUCGAUCUGUAUCCGAACGCAUCGAUGAACUAUAGCUAAUGAAAAACUAUUCUGAGUAUUACAAUUUUACACUUGUUGUCAAAGCAACCGAGAGAUCGACAAAAUGUUUACGAAAAAUUAUCAGUUUCUCCAAUUUAUUAAGAAUACAAUGUGAAAAAUACAAAAAUGACCUACUCAAUACACCGACUAGACCAUAAAUGCUACCAGAAAAUGUCUAUAAUUUUUUUAAAAGCUUUUCAUAGACACAAAUAAAAAAAACAAAAAAACCAUAUAUCACUUAGUAAAACCAAUAUGUUUCUCGCUUCGCUCAGAAUCUAAAAUGUGCUAUGUAUGUAUAAAUAAAGUGCUUGAUAAUAAUAUUAUAUAUAUGAGGACAUAAAACAUCAUAUUAUUCUUUUAUAUAUCAAAAACGAUAACCACAAUAACAAUAAUUAAAUGUUUGUGAUUAGAACAAUAAUAUUAAGUUUCACUAAUAACAUAGUGGUAUUAGGUAGGUACAUUAGACAUCUUUACACUCAUUAACGUGACGACGUCCUAAACGAUGAUGUAUAAUAAUUGCAUAAAUUUCUAAUAAUGAUAAAAAUUUGUGUAAUUAUUGUACUGCUAUAAUAUUAUUGUAUGAUUCUGCAGUUAAAAUCGUUUUAUAGUGGAAAUAAUCACUUUCGAAAAAUCGUUUAAAUAUUUCUCGAAAAUAAUUACUUCAUAAGUAUGUGCGAAAAUGCACGCGAAAUUAAUUGUGUGCAGUUUUGUGCGACACACGUAUGUGUAAAUAUAAGUUGUAAAUAAGCGUAAGUGUAAAUAUUUGCUUUGAUUUAAAAAUCAUGUACACGAGCAUGUACGAGUUAAAUGUUGUACGGUAAUCGCGCAACUCGUUUUACACGAAAACUUAUGUAAUUAGCUACGUCACAAUUUUCAAUCUGUUUCGACAAUAUUGUCUAAACUAAUCUUAGUAUCCCACGUGAAUUAUUUUAUUAAUAUUUUACUUAUACCGGGUGAUUCAUUAAACUAGGUACACCACUCAUUAUCUCGGCAAGUAUUAAUUUUUUUUCAAAAUAAUUUUUUUUGGCUAAUACUCAAUGUAUUAAUGGAAGUUUUAAUAUUGGUACGUUGUCAUUUAAAAAUAAAAAGUUGAUAUAGACGUUUCACCCCCAAAAAUAAAAAUGACAAGAAAUAAUGGCAACGUAACAUUUUAGAGCGACUUGUUUCUUAAAUUUUCAACAAAAUAAUAUUUUUAUAAAUCUAAUACUUUGCGAGAUUAUAAAUGAAUCCACAUAAAUGGAACACCCGGUAUGGUUUAACGUUCUGAUUAUAAUACUGUACACCGAUAUCUAUGAGCGCAACAGUUUAAAACUAUAAUAUUUAAUCAUUUAUUAUAUUCUGUAGGUAUUUUAUAAAUAAGAACAUUUAUUCAGUUAGUAAAAAUGCUUUCAAAAAUUAAGCAUAUGAAUUCAGUGGCAUUAUUUAUAUUUUCAGUAAAUUAACUAUAAAUUAUAUAUUAAAUUAAUACAAAAUAUAUAAAUAAAACGUGUUGUCCAUUGACAGGGGAGGCACGUGCUCCUGUGCCCUCCCCCUGGAUCCACCACUACAUAUGAUAUAGUUAAUAGUCUUCGUAACUUAAAAUAUGCGUUUUUUCACCAGAUUUAUUUUAUUUGAAACAUUUGUUCUAAAAUUUAAUCAACUGAUACACAGGUUUUAUUGUUGUCAAUUUUCGGGUUACAUGACCCGGGAGUAUGACCGAUUUUUUUUAGUAUUUCUCUUAUUAUUAACCAAUCAAAAUGCUUAAAAUUAUUAGCCGGUAAUAAUAUUAUACAGAUAGAUCUGAAAAUAUAUAGAUAAUAUUUUGUACAACGCUGUUAUUAUUUAAUAGUUACUUAUUUAUGUAUAAGAUGUCGCCGUCGCUUCCAUCUUAUAAAUCAAUAAGCUAUUAUUAAUUGUUGAUUUCCGCGAUAAAACUCUGUUUGUUAUAGACAAAGUGUGUGUUUUAAACGAAAAUUUAAUAAUAUUACGCCGAGCUGUGAAGUACGGAUGGCGGGGAACGGGUAAAAGGGAGCGUCAAAUUAUAAAUGUCAUAUAUUGCCGUGAUUAUUAUAGCAAUUUGAAAGGAUCGCGCGACAAUAAUCAUAAUAUAGAUUUAUAAAGAAAGUAAUAUGUGUACGGCAAAAAAAAAUAUUUAUGGUUUUGACGACGACAAGUGCCGAGCACAAUGGGUUUUGCCGAUACUGUCCGGGUACGACUUUUUUUUUUUAUCGUAGCCGCUGUGUGUCAACGAAAUAAUAUAAUAUGUUGCCAUUCGACAAAACAGCUUCCCAGAGGCGGUAAAAAAAAGAAAAGAAGUAAUAAUAAUAAUAAUAAUAAAAAAUAGCACUGUAAUUCACAGUAUACUUUUAUAGUUUUACAACAACGUAAACGUUGUUUAGCGUGCAGCAGUGGCAUCACACAAGCUCAAACUAUAUCAUAGGUAUUGUUAGUAGUAUGUUGACUGUGCGUCGGUUUCAGUAAUUUAACCCAGGGGUAAUAACGUCCCAGGGGUUAGUUGGACGGAUACUGUGGACCGUUAAACUUGCUUUGAUUGGGUGAGGCGGCGAGCGCGUUUUCGAUUAAGAUUUAAAACGCGUAGAAAUAAUAUUAUACUUCAAUAGUAAAACGAAAUUAAGUUAUCUUUUGGUUAUUUAUUCAAUUAUUAUUAUUUUUUCAAUAAAGUAUACUUUUGCAGUUUAUUAAUUUUACUUUUUCUUUCGUUAUUUCGAUUUCUUUUUAAAUUUCACAGUUCUUUUUCAUACAUUUAAUUACGGGAUUUCAAAUACAGGGGGAGAGGUUGAUUUCUCCUUGGGGCGGUUACUUUAAAAAUGUUGAGAAACACUGGGUCAAACCAAAAAAGGCCCGUCGGUAAUUUAAUAUACCUAAUAAUUGAAUAAUAAAAAAUAAAAAAAACUAGCUAAACCUUUUAAUCUGACAAGUUAAUUAAAUAUUUUCAUUUAUUUAUUCGCGUUUAUAGUAUUGUUAGCUCUAACUUUUAAAUUGUGAACCGAAUCUUCUCCGAUAUCUUUGCAGUAGUUAUAUAUUAUUAAAAACAAAUUUAAUUGAGUUUUUGGAUAAAACAUAAAUCACGAUUUUUCAAAUUGCAAUACAUCGACCAUCAAUAACAUUAGGUAAAUUAAACAAAAUUAACGAACCGUACACGUGUAUCUCAUGUUAUUAGUAUAAUUUAUUAUCAAUAACCGAACAAACUAUUUUGUUUUGAACGUAAAGUUUAUCUCGUUUCGCUCUUUGUCAUGAAAAAACCUACUUACUUAUACUGUGCCAAUUGUUAAUAACUUCGAACAACGGGGCUAAAAAAACUACCGUACCUAGGUAUAUGAAUUAUCACGCUUGCGUUUAUUCGAUACACUUAGUCCGUAUACUUCGAAACAACAAAACUGCGAAUUACGUAUUAUACAGAAUGAAUAAUAAAAAAAAAAAAAUUGAAGUAUAGCAAAUUUUUCGUAAACAUUCUAUUAUCUAAAAUAUUAGAAAAGAACUAAUUUAAAAUCUUUAGACAUAUUAUAAUACAUAUCUAUAGAUCACCCAAAGAACAAUAUUAUCGAAGAGUUGAAUGUUCUAAGUAUAAUACGCGUCCACGAUUUCAAUAGUAUUUCAUUAGUAUCCAUGUUUUGAAAUAUACAUUUAAGAAUAAUUAAUAUUAACCCUUGCGGUCACGCUUUCAAUAUUUUUCAUUUAAAAUUAUGAAAUUUGUCAUAGUCCAUAUUUUACAUUUUUGGUGAAAAUCAAAUUUUUAUAUUAUCUAUUUAGCCGUCUGGGACUCACUAAGUCAUAAAAAAAAUAAAAACACAAGAAUCAGACAAUUCGAAUUUAUUCUCAUCGAGAAAACGUAACAGGAAUUUUAUUAUAAUAGUAUUCGUAUAAUUAUGAGUUACGGUUUAAAUAUUAUUGUUUCAAUGGAAAAAUUAUUUGCUCCGUUUCCAUUCCGAAACGUUAAUUAGACGUGUACAUUAAUUAAGAUUAUAGGUUGAAAAUUGAUGAGUUAGUAUUAUUUCUACUCGGUAAUACAAUCGUCGAUAAAACAUAAUAAAAAAUAUCCACUCAUUGAUCCGUGACUAAUUUAAUUGUUUGACUAUUAUUAUUGUAUAAUAUUUUUUAUUGUUAAAAAUAUAAACAAAAAACAAUGACAGAUACAUUUUUUAUUUGCUGCGUUUUAUAUUUCGAUAAUUCGAAUGUAUUAAAAUAUUAUAUGAAUAUAUUUCGUUAUAGUGACAGACGUUCAUACGAAUACGGGCAUAUUAUUAUAGAAUGUUGACUACGAAACGGUUUUUGCCCUUUUUAAAAUGUUUUCUGUAAACAACAUUUUGACCAAAAAUAUAGCUCAUCAUCAGAGAUGGUUUUUGGUAGGAAAUUUGGUCUUCUAGAUGGUGCACCGUCAAGGUUAUUUUUAAUUUUUUUUGUAGUUCUAUUGAUAAUUUUUCGGUAAAAAUCGGUUAAGAACGCCGGAAAACGAGAAUAUUAACCAACAGAAAUAUCUGUUAAUUGUCUGUAAACAAUUUUCGUUGAGUUCUGAAACAUUCACUGAAUAAUUUUAUUUGCACUUUCUAAAUGUGGCAGAAUUUUCAAAACAUUUUGGUAUUUUUAAAAUUAUUUUAAAGGUUUAAACUUUUCGAGUUAUUUUAGUUUUUAUUUGGUUUUAUGCGCGUGAAAUUGUUUCCCCUGAAAUUGCUUGACAAUUUCACACUAGAUUGAUCAUAAGUAUUACUUAUAGUGGCCUUAGUGGUAAAAAAAAAAUAAAACAAAUAAGAGUCAAGCGUCAAAUGACGUUAUUUAUUUUUAUAACCGUUUUAAGUUCAACUUUAUGAUAACAUUCGUUGGAAACACAGAUAAUUAUAAUUUAUUUUUUAGUUAUUGAAUUUCUCAAAAAACAUUAAACCGAACUCUGUUUAGCAUCGUUUCUCGUCUGCAACGGUGCAUCGUUGAAAUUACCUUAGCACACUUUACCUUUUUAACUAUCCGUCCAUCACUUACAACUUUGGCCUAUGCACUAACAAUAUAUCCUUUACGAAGAGCGUAUCGACAACAUGCAAAACACCCGCAUUAAUGGUUUUUUAUGAAUAUUAUGCACAUGUAUUUUUCGUACCAGUAUGAAGUAUCAGAUUUUAUUAGACACUAUGACAUAAUUAAUUAACAUAAUAAACAAACAAAUUGUGUAUAUAAUUGUAAUUCUAUUAGUAAACGAGUAUAAUAAUAUAUUAGGUGCCUAUAUUGAAAAGUAUACCUAAUAACAAUAUAUUGAAAUAUAUUGUAUAGUUGUUUUAAUAAUAUUCUUUGUUCAAAUUUUCAAUCGUUUCGUAUGGUUUAGCUAUUGUAUUAUAAUUAGUUCUGUCCCAUACAAAAAUGUUAAUUAGUAAUAUUAUUACAAUGGAAAAUUAUUUUUCGUGCAUUAUGAUAUUGUAAUAACAGUGCACUUAUUAUAUUAUUGUAUAUUAUGAUUAUUUUUACGUAAUUUUUUUUAAUUCCUCACCCUGCCCGUAAGAACAUAAUUAUUGAUUGCUGGUAAAAAUAUAAAAAUAAUACUUAAAACGUCAUGACUUUCAUAAAUAAAUUACGACUGUAGGAGUGAAUCGAGAUUGUGAUUUUAAUUAGUAUAGUUAGUAGGUUUUUUCUCUAGUCUAUAUAUUUAUAUAGAUUAGAAAAAAAAAAAUCAUAAUUAAUGUGCGCAUAAUAUUAUAACCUCCCCCUAUAGUUUCUUAUUACACGUGGUGAUACUCGUACUUUAUAUCUAAUUUGAGGCCGCGUAUACACUGUUGUAUUAGUAUGGUUUUACAAAAUAUUUCUUAUAAAUACAUUUUUUAUAUUUUUUUCCAGCUCAUCACCACAGUCACGGAGGGGCUGAACCAGUUAACAACAAUCAGCAUACUAGUUCGGAUAACGAUCAUUCGUCCCAUGGACACGUACACGAUCAUUAGAAUUUCUCGAUUCUUUGAGUUACCAAGUAUUUUACUAAGCCCAGAGUGAUUUAAUUUUAAAUAUUAUGUAGAUUGUACUAUUUUUCGUUUGUUUUAAAUUAGAUUUAGUGAAAAACUAUUUUUUUUAAUUUUUUGUUUUUUGACUAUUUAUUCAUAUAUGCGAUGUAUACAGAGUAAGUUCCACGAAACGGCUUACUAUUUUUUUUUUUUUUAGAUUAGUAAGAGUACGUAUAAUAUUGUCGUAUAUGUUUACUCCGUAUAAUUAUUAUAAUUACACCACCACUUUAAUUUAGUGUAUCUCUGGCGGGUCACUCAGUGUACAUAAUAUUUGUGUAAUGUACCUAUUUGUUUUUGUGUGUGCGCGUGCGCGCGUGUUAUAAUAUUUGUGUAUAAUAUUAUUAUUAUUAUUAUUAUUACUGUAAACGAAAUAAAUUAUUUUUCAUGAAAAAAAUGAAUUUUUUUUUUACAUAUAUAAUUAUAUUUAUUAUAAUAAAACCUGUAUAUAAUAUAAUAAUUUCGCUUCGAAAACAAUUUUAUAAUAUUAUAAUAUUCAAUGUUUUAUCGUCGAUAUUAAAUAAUAUUAAUAAUAUAUUGUUCGAA